AUGGAACAUUAUGAUGAUAUAAAACAAUUAGAUGUGACGCUUUUGGUAAUAGCUGAUGAAGACAAAGCAAAGCAAAGCAAAGCAAAGCAAUCAUCAUCAUCAUUAUCAUCACAUCUGCAAGCAGAACAACACGAUAGUCUAUUCCGGAUGAUGAUGAUGAUGAUGAUGAUGAUGACCAUUAUGGCGCAUUUAUCUCAACUGAUUAUUUUAUUACUACCUAUUCAAAUAUGUGAAGCAAUAUUGUUAAUGAACGCUACAUUACCAAUGCUUCCCGGUAUGGAUAUAAUGAAUUCAAAUAAACAACUACAUAUUGGUAUCGUCGAACGGGUAUCCAAAACUGAAUUCAAUUGGCUUAGGCGUCGACGUCAAAUUAUUGCUGGGCCUUUAUAUGAAUGGCGUUCUGUAACAAUUCCCUAUAUUAUAUGGGGUGGAGAUUAUGCUUUUCGAAAUCUUAUUCGACGUGGAAUACGUAUGUGGGAAGAAGCGACAUGUUUGAGAUUUCAAGAAAAUGUACAAGCAAGAGAUGCUAUCAGGUAUGUACUUGAACGAGGUGAUAGCUGUUUCACCGAAUAUAUUGGACGAAAUGGCGGUUAUCAGGAUAUUAUCAUUGGGAGUGAAUGUGCUGAGGAAUAUGUUGUGGCGCACGAGACAGGACAUGCAUUAGGUUUUUGGCAUACACAUCAACGUCCUGAUCGAGAUCGGUAUAUUUCAAUUAAUUGGAAGAAUGUAAUGGAUGAAGCUACGGCAUCAUUUAUGCCAUUUCGGAGUAUGCUUCAAGCAUUUGGCAUCAGACAAACGUCACCUCGACAUGUACCUUAUGAUUACGGGUCACUAAUGCAUUAUCAUGCGGUGGCACACGCCAUUCGUGUAUCUGAUUUUACUAUUGUUCCUAAAGAAUUGAAGUAUGUAACAACAAUGGGUACCGAAAAAAUGGCUUUCCUGGAUGCUAAAGUGAUCAAUGAUAUUUAUUGCUCAAAUGCUUGCGCAGGUCAACAACAUCCACGAAUUUGUUUAGCAGGAGGUUAUCCGGAUCCGAACAACUGUAAUCGAUGUCGCUGUCCUGAAGGCCUUGGUGGUUACGAUUGCAGUAUGGUACAACCAUCGACAUGUGGCACUGAAUUACAAGCAACAGAUAAAUGGCAAACGUUAAGUAGUCCAAAAGGAAGAAAUAUCGAUUGUUACUGGAGGAUAUCAGUUCCAGUUGGAAAUCGAAUACGUUUUCGUCUUAAUGACGGUGAAUUUCCAUGCUCAUACGGGUGUCAAUCAUAUGUAGAAAUUAAACAUAAACUUGACGUCAGGUUAACUGGUUUUCGAAGUUGUUGUUAUCGGCCAAAGGAAGAUUCGGUAUCAGAAGGAAAUCAAAUCUUCGUCAUCUAUCAUCCAAAUGGAAAGAUAGCCCGGUUCACUCUUCGAUACAUCAGACAACAAUUCCAGUGA